CCAGAGAGAGAUGACUGAUAAACAUGAGACGCAGAGAAUGUUUACCUGCUCGGCUGUGAGGAGAAGCUGCCGACGUGCGAGGACGCUGCAGAUGAAGCCGACGAAUCCGGAACAGUUGCACAGGUCAUGGCGUUUGUUUCUAGAGACAGAGGGGGUUCAAAUCGAGGGUUUUCAGAAACUCGAACGGAGAGGGACUUCAAAUUGGAGAGGGGGAGAAAGGAACUGAGGGAAUAGGAGAGGGAAGUUUUUGAGAGAAAUGGAGACUGGAAAUCAAAGUUUAGAGAAAGAAAUCUAAAAAAAAAGAGCUGAGAGGUUUUUAUGAGCGGAAGACUCGAGGAACAGAGUAGAAAAGAAUGCUGGUCGCGGAGUCUGCAAAUUGGGAAGCCUUGAACAUAAUGUUUGGCUUUCUCUUUUGACAUUUGAUCCGUCCCUAGUCUGCAAUUCUCACUCUUUUCUAUUUUUGAUGAGGUUGUGCUUAUCUGGAUUUUGAUUAUUCUGGAAAGUACAUUGUUUAAUCUCUCUACGUGGGCGUAUUAAUGUUGGCUUGGCUUUUUAGUCCUUUUGAAAAAUUUUCUUACCAAAUAUGAUUUAGGAUUGUUAUCUAAACACACGAGAGAUUUUAUUUGUAAAACUAUUGCAUGAACAAAAUACACAUCCAUUGGCAUUGGAAACUUGAGAGUACUACAAUGCGUUUUCUGAAGCCAGGAUUUCCCUCUUUGAGAAUCAUCUACUCCCAUUCAAGUUGGAGCUACAUUGAGUGUCAGCUAUACCGCUUUCUUUCUGGCCAGAAAACCUCAAGGACAAAUACCAGAACAGCAGCAACUCUUGAGUCUCUUCUUAGAUUUCAUGCUCUUAUUAUAACUAGUGGAAACUCAAAUAACAUCUUCAUUGCAUCAAAGCUGAUCUCCCUCUACGCUAGUUUCAGCAGAACACAUUUUUCUGAUAAAGUGUUUGAUUUGGUUCACCCAAAAGACAUCUUCCUUUGGAAUUCCAUCAUCAAGGCUCAUUUCUCUAGUGCCAACUGUACAAGAGCACUUGAUUUAUAUCUUGCUAUGCGAUUAUUGAAUAACUUGCCGAACCAUUUCACAAUUCCCAUGGUUGUCUCUGCAUGUGCAGAGCUUUUGCAGGAAGGUUGGGGGAAGUGGGUUCAUGGGUUGACUUUCAAAUGCGGCCUUUUUGCAGAUAAUUCUGCCGUUGGGUCUUCAUUUGUGUAUAUGUAUGCAAAGUGCAGUUAUAUGGAGGAUGCAUCUCUUGUGUUUGAUGAAAUUCAAGUGAGAGAUGUUGUUGCCUGGACUGCAGUUAUCAUUGGGUAUGUGCAGAAUGGUAAAAAUGAAAAGGCUCUUUGUUGUCUCUGUGACAUGCAUAGUAUUGGUGGGGAUGAUGAAAGGCCGAAUUUCAGGACACUUGAAGGUGCAUUUCAUGCUUGUGGGAAUUUGGGGGGUUUGAUAGAGGGUAGGUGUUUGCAUGGUUUAGUGGUGAAGAAUGGAUUAGUGCACUCUCAGAUUGUUCGAGCCUCAAUUUUGUCCAUGUAUUCCAAAUGUGGGAAUCCAGAGGAGGCAUGUCUUUCUUUUUAUGAAGUUGAUGAUAAAGACCUUCUAACAUGGACGUCAAUAAUUGGUGUGCAUGCUAGGUUUAGGUUCAUGAAGGAAUGCAUAUUUCUGUUUUGGGAAAUGCAGGCUGGUGGAGUACAUCCAGAUGGAAUUGUCAUAAGUUGUAUGCUUUCAGGCUUUGGUAAUGCCAUGAAAGUCAAUGAAGGAAAAGCAUUUCAUGGAUUGAUCAUGAGGCGGCGUUAUCUGUUGGACCAGAUUGUUCAUAGUGCAUUACUGUCCAUGUACUGCAAGCUUGGGCUUUUAUCUACUGCAGAGAAGCUUUUUGAUAGAAUACAAACUGAAGCUGAAGCUGACAAAGAUUCCUGGAAUAUGAUGGUUAUUUGUUAUGGUAAGAUGGGCCACAAAGAGAAGUGUUUAGAAUUGUUCAGAGAGAUGCAAUGUCUUGGAAUUGAAUCUGACUCUGUUAGCUUGGUCUCUGCAAUUUCUGCAUGUUCUCACUUGGAAGCAGGCCACCUAGGUCAGUCAAUUCAUUGUUAUGUUGUCAAAAAUUACAUGGAUGGAGACAUAUCAGUUGUUAAUUCCCUCAUUGACAUGUAUGGGAAAAAUGGUACCUUGACUACUGCAUGGAGAAUGUUUAAUAGGACGAAGAGAGAUAUCGUUACAUGGAACACGCAGAUCUCGUCCUAUGUUUAUCAUGGGAAAUCUGAUGAAGCUAUCGCAUUAUUUAAUAAAAUGAUUUCAGAAAACAUGAAGCCAAACUUGGCAACCUUGGUAAUAGUGCUUUCUGCUUGUUCUCACCUGGCUUCUUUGGACAAAGGAGAAAGUGUUCAUCAUUAUAUUAAGGAAGCAGGUUAUGAGCUUAGUCCAUCUCUUGCUACUGCAUUGAUAGACAUGUAUGCAAAAUGUGGACAACUAAAGAAGUCAAGGGAAUUAUUUGACGCAAUAAAGGAAAAGGAUGCUAUUUGUUGGAAUGUUAUGAUCUCAGGAUAUGGAAUGCACGGAGAUGCAGAGUCAGCAAUACAAAUCUUCCAACAAAUGGAGAAAUCUAGUGUUGAACCAAAUGAACUUACCUUUCUUGCUCUUUUCUCAGCUUGUGCUUAUGCUGGACUUGUUGAAGAAGGCAAGUAUCUCUUUGGCAGAAUGCAACGUUAUUGUGUCAAACCCAAUUUGAAACAUUUUGCUUGUAUGGUAGAUCUUCUUGCCCGGUCAGGUAAUCUGCAGGAUGCUGAAGCUCUAAUUCUAUCAAUGCCAGUAUCUCCCGAUGGGGGUAUGUGGGGAACGAUAUUAAAUUCUUGUAAAAUUCACAAUGAAAUCGAGAUGGGGGUACGGAUGGCCAAAUGUGCAAUUGAAUCUGACCCGAAAAAUGAUGGUUACUAUGUAAUUCUUGCAAACAUGUAUAGCUCUAUUGGCAAGUGGCAGGAGGCAGAGAGAGCAAGAGAAAUGAUGAAGGAAAGGGGAGUUGGCAAGAGAGCUGGUUGGAGUUCAGUGUAGCACAAAAUAAAUUGACACAUCCAUUCUCAUUUAAGGUCCAUCUUUCCACAGGAAUAUCAUAACUUAUGUGAUAUUCGUCAGUCAAGGUGUUCUAAAUAUGGCCAGAACUGCAGUUGUUGUUAAUUAUCAGGUGUUGUACGGUUGAGCUGCCAUGUCCAUGGAGCCCACGAACCUUCCAGAGUUUCUGGUUACUUUUACGUACGUGCAAGAUAAUUUUCAAGACAAAUGCUCAACCAGUCCCGCAAGUUAAUUCUCUACUUUUGUGGUGUUUUAGUUGUGGAUGAAAAGAGGAGAGGAUCGGAGGCUAUGUACGUAAUGUUUAGGUUUUCAUUAUAUAAUUAAUCAUAGUUUAUUAAAUAUAGUAAGAAUGGGCUGAUGAUAAUUUAGUUUAAGAUUAUCUUCAGAGGUUUUCUUUUCUUUUUUUUUUUUUUGUUGGUUGU